AUGGCUGCAUUGCUUCUGACCUUGCUGUCGAUAGCCUCGCUGGUCGGCACUGCGGCGCAGGAUGACUUGCCGGAAAGGCUUCUCUCGGAGGCGUCGGUGACAGAGGAAGUUAGCCACUACCAGGGUCUCGACAUCCUUUGGCAGUCGCUCGAGAAGGUGCCAUGGAAGCAUAUGAUGCUAACCUUGGUGGGGACGAUCUCGAUCCUCCCCGUCAUUAUCCUUUUCAUCAUGGCGGUUGUGUUGUGCCGGGAGGCCCGGAAGAUCCGGUCUUCCUGGACAGAGAACAAGAAGUCUGGCUCACUCGUCAUCUCGCCCUACGCUGCAGAGUCUGAAGACUCGCCGCAGGUGACCUCCACUGUGGUCCAGCUGAUCCGCUUACUUCGUAUCUGCGUGCCGUCCAUUUGGACGGAGCAAGCCUUCUGGCUAUGCUCUGCCGUCGUCCUUUCUCUGUUCUACGGACUUCUCGCUUGCUUAGUUCCGAGCGUCCUCGUCCGCCCCCUCUGGACGAUGGUCAAGGCCGAUCUGCCUGAAGCAUUCAGGGCCUUCGUGGUCAUCAUGCUCGGGUACAACGCCUCCAUCGCCAUUAUGAAGGCGGCCAUGAACUUCUGCGGCAUGCGCGCAAUGAUCGCCUUCCGCCGCGCGCUCACAGAGCACCACCACGCGGCCUACAUGAGCCGCGAGGGCCGGCUCUACUACACGAUCGGCAAUCUAGACUACCGGAUCGAAACUCCCGACGCCAUCAUCACCAACGACACCGACCUGCUCUUGCAGUUCCUGUUCGAGUUUGUUUUCGGGGGGAUCAUGAAGCCGGAGAGCGGCUCCUUUUGUCAGCUUUUUUUCCUGGUUUUCACGGUGGCCGUGGCCUACUCGGAAGCCGAGGACGGUGCUCCAGGUUGGGGGUUGCCUUCGAUUGGCAUAGCAUUUGCGGUGGUGGUCAUUUCUCUAGUUCCCACGCUGUAUGCUGCCGACGGCCUCACGAAGGCCCAGUCCGAGGUACAGUCGGCCGAGGCAGCACUGCGCGCGGCGUACUCCAAAUGCCGUCUGUUUGCGGAGUCCAUAUGCUUCUAUGGCGGGGAGGAGAGCGAAAGGAAGCGCAUCGACGGCCUCUACGAGUCUGUCCGAAAUGGCUUCCACCGCUUUGCAAAGUACAAGCUCUUGGUCGACCUGAGCCAACUAGCCUUCUACUUCGGCCUGGCGCCCAUCUCCAUGACCAUGGCGGCCUUCAUCGUGCGGAAAGGCAGCUGGACGCAGGACUCGGAGACGACGUUCUACGUGCUCAACCUCACCUUUCUGCGCAUCAUCCGCUGCUGUCUGGAAAUGGCAAAGAGCAUCGUCGAUCUAGCAAAGGCGCAAGCCAUGCUCCAGCGGGUCGUGCAACUUCUGGAGGUCAUGGAUGCCUUCAUCGUCUUCGAGAUGCACCGGAAGGAGCAGGGCGCUCUGAGUCGUGCAGAUGGCUUCCUCAUAGACGAGGAGGAGGUGCUCUGCUGCCUGUCCUACUACAAAGUCAUGCAGCUGCAUUGCGGCGCUGUCGUGCCACUCAAGCAUGCCCCCUGCGUGUCCUUUGAGCAUGUUGACAUCUACACGCCCGACGGCAUGAGGUGUCUCAUGAAGGACAUAAGCUUGCGGAUGGAUCCUGGGGAGAGUUGCCUCAUCAUGGGCCCCAGCGGCAUUGGCAAGUCCUCCUUGCUCAGGGUGUUGGGACAGCUCUGGCCGCUGUUCCGCAGCCCCGGAGACAAAGGCGAGGAUGCCUCCUUCACCCGUCCCGGUCCGUUCUCUGUGUUCUUCCUGGCCCAGCGGCCCUACCUGUUCCAGGGCACCCUCCGUGAGCAGGUGGCGUAUCCGAUUUGGGACACGUCACUCCUCACUGACCUGACCGACGAGAAGAUGGAGAAGCUCUUCAUGGAGAGCGGCCUGGAAGAUGUUUGGGAAGCCAGGAGGGAUGAGCUCGACGUUCCCGGAAUUUGGUGGGACGACGUGCUGUCGCUUGGGGAGCAGCAGCGGCUGCAGUUCUGCAGGCUCUUCUGGCAUGCCGAGUGGUACCAGGAGUACAAGAGCGAGGCUCCGGGCUUCUUCGCCGUCCUCGACGAGUCAUCGGCUUCCAUGGACACCACCUCCGAGAUGAAGGUCUACAAGGCCUGUCGCGAGAGGCGGCUCGGAUAUCUCAGCGUGGCCCACAGGCCUACUGUGAUACAGUUUCACGACAAGGUGAUGCACUUCCUGCACGACAGGAAUCAGCAUCUCACCUACGUCGUGAGAGAUGCCGCGGCAAUGGCGAUGGACUCAGAAGCCCUCAUCCACAACGAGACGCUCUACAACGAGGAAUGGAGGCCCACAAACACGCGGCGAACGAAUACGAAGAGAAAAGGAGGCUUCUACCAGUCGAAGGCGAACCAGUCCUUCUCCAGCCUCACAGGCAUUCCUUCGCCCAGCAUGAGCAUGCGCAACGUCAACUCGAUCGUCACCGUCACCUCGGCCCUGGACGAGGACGACUGCGAUGCGAGAUCUCCCCGGCCGCAGACACCGAUGCUGAAACGCCUGGCGAAGGCGCAGUCUGCUCCGUCUGACAUGGUCAGCUUCAUGCUCAACGCAGCAGCCAGAGAGAAGGAGGAGCAGAAUUACCAGGCUCUCGGCUCCAUCACGGAGGACAAGCAGGCGAGCGACACCUCGCUUGGCGAGACCCCGCUCGUUUGUUCCCCGUACUCCAACGGCGACUCCUCGCAAUUUGGGCAGGGUGGGCAUGUUUACAACCUCCUGCUGCUGGCGAAGUUGAGCCGGACGCAUGGCGCCCUCCUGGCCUGCGUGGUGGCGCUGAACCUCCUGGCCGCGGCGAUGCUGGCCUUCUGGGCGGAGCUCUUCACGAACACCAAAAGUGUGAUCAGACCAGGGACGGAGAGUGUCUUUCACGCCUUCGGGCAGGAGACCGGCAUUACCAUCAGCUACUCGCGGAUGAUGCCGGUGAUCCUAUGCUGGGGGCCUGCCAUGGGUGUUGCCAAAGCCAUCGCCAAUUACUUCACCGUGCUGUUGAUGUUGGAGUGGCGGUCGCGACUCUUCCAGCAUCUGCAGAGGAUGUAUCUGAGAAGCAGCGAUCGCAUCUACUAUGUCCUCAGCAACCUGGACGGGCGCGUCGAAUCGGCGGACCAGCGCAUCACCAAUGAUGUGGACCUCGCGAUGCAGUUCGGCUUCGAAUUCUUUUUAGGUGGCAUCAUGAAGCCGGACUCCGGUGUGCUCUUCAAGAUGUGCAUCUUCUUUGUGAGCUGCUGGAUCGUGUGGAUGGAUGUGGAGCGGACGCUGCCCGGUAUGGGCGGCGCCGCACCGAGCGUGGCGAGCAUACUUUUCCUGGCAACGUUUCUGCUAGUCGAGUGGUUCGGCAGAAGAUGCGCAGAAGCACAGCGAGAGCUUCAGCUGUGCGAGAGCUCCUUCCGCGCGGCGCACGCGCGCUGCCGUUCCUUUGCCGAGGGCAUCAGCUUCUACGGUGGCGAAGCCACCGAGAAGGUGAUGCUGGACAAGCACUUUCAGCCGGUGCUGAACACCUUUCGGGAAUUCUGCUGGCACAAGCUGCCGGUGGAGUUCUUGCAGCUCAGCAUCUACCAGGGCCAAUACACUAUCGCGAUGCUGACGGGCGGCUUCGUGACCUUUCGGGAGGACGAUCGGUCACGGCGGGUCGCACUCUUCGACCUCACGAACACCUCCAUGGUGGAGUGCCUCGACUCCCUGAACCGCAUCACCUGUCAGGUCAUGGACUUCGCCAAGGCGUCGGCGCUGGCACGCCGGGUCAUCGAGCUGGAGGAGGCCAUGCAGGCCUUUCACAAGCUCUCCGGCUCGCGCGACAUGGACGAAUCCACGCCGCGGAGCAGAAUGGCGGUCCGGGCAAGCGACUUCUCUGAGAUGGAGAUGAAGGUACCCGUCGAGUGCUCCAUGGACUUCGUGCCGACCCAGAAGCGCAACAUCAGCCGAUCCCUGGAUGAGGAGGAGGCUCAGGAGUCAUCCUGUUGCCUGCACGUGAAGCCCGCUGAGCUGGACUGCGGACCGCAGGCGUUUGAUUCAAUGGAGAGGAUUCCAGAAGUGAUAUGA